AUGAAAUCUUCCAAAUAAGAAGAGGAUGAUUAAGAAUUUUAUUAGAAUUUUCUAAAUCUUCUUAAUGAUACCAAAUAAUCGUAAAAAAGGAAUCAUGUUACAUUUGUUAUUCCAAAUCAGAAUAAUUUGUAUAAAUUGCAUACUUAUUUUUUAAAAGUAAAAACAAUCAGGAGCACCAGAAGUUUACAUAAAAAAUGAAGUAAAGUUAGUAAAUACUUACAAGGAAGUUAGAUAAACAAAAAGAAUCCCUUAAUGAAUUACAUUAAGAGCAAGAUAGUUAGAAUUAAUAAAAUUAGUAAGCACUUUUUCCUUUUUCUCCCCCUUUCCUAUUCAAUAGUAAAUAAAAGCCACCUUCAAGUAGAGGCAAAAUUAGUUUAGAUUUUUAAAUAUAGCAAUAGAACCAACCUAAUUUUAUAAAAAAAUAAGAAGUUUAGUAAGACUUCACUAAGAUAAAUAAGCUUUCAUUGGAGAUUUGCAGUGCAUGCCUUUUACCAAAGUAGGCAGAUCAUCAGUGUAAUGAUGAAUAUGGAUUAAUUUCAUGCCCAUAUUGUGGUGAUCACAUAGUUCGAAAUUUUCUGAAUGACCAUCUAGUUGACUGUAUUCCUUACAUAGAAAAUUAAUUCAAGAAUUUAGAAACUAUAGACGAAUGCAGUAUAUGCACUUUAGAAUUAACAACAGAUUUGUCGACUUUACAUUGCACUCAUACAUUUCACAAAUCUUGUAUUGAUGCUUGGAAGAUGAAGACUUAAGAAUGUCCUGUUUGUAGAAAACCAAUUUGAUAAGACUUAAUUUUUUUUAUUUUCGAAUUGGUUGAUAU